UACACAAAAACAUCAACCAACAGAGGCAGAGGGGAGAGCAGCCGGUCCGUGCCUUCUUUUUCCUGAUGAAGUGACACAGCUGGACCCUGUGUGGACGUUUUUUUUUUUAAAUUGAAGCAGGAAACUUCGUGAGGCUGAGCAGGAGUGAGGUGGUCAGGUAGAAAAGCUGGUUGAGCUCCACUGCCAGCAUGCUCCGGCAGUCUCUGAGCAUCCUGAAGCAGCUCGGCUCUGCGGCAAAGUCACAAGAUGCCACUGAACUUCUACACGAGGACCUGGUCAUGGUGGAGCAGCGAGUGGAACCGGCCAAAAAGGCGGCUCAGGUCCUUCACAAGAAGCUGCAGUGCUGCAUGCAGAGUCAGCUCGGGCUGGAGGCUGAAAAACGAAUGAAAAAGCUCCCUCUGAUGCUGCUGUCCAUCAGCAUGGCCGAGAGCCUCAAAGACUUUGAUGCCGAGUCCUCUAUCAGGAGAGUGCUGGAGAUGUGCUGCUUCAUGGAGAAGAUGUUGGCCAACAUGCUGGCCGACUUCGAGAUGAAACUGGAGAAGGAAGUGCUGGAGCCGCUCAACAAGCUCAGCGAGGAUGAUUUACCAGAGAUUCUCAGGAACAAGAAGCAAUUUGCAAAGCUCACUACAGACUGGAACAACGCAAGAACCAGGAGCCAGGCCAGCACUGGUCCCCAGGCAAAGCAGGAUGGGCUUCGAGAGGAAGUGGAAGAAGCUUGGAGGAAGUUGGAGAACAUCAAGGAUCAGUACUCUGCAGAUCUGUAUCACUUUGCGACUAAAGAAGAUGACUACGCUAACUACUUCAUUCGGCUUCUCGAGCUACAAGCAGAAUACCACAAAAAUUCACACGAGUUCCUGGAAAAAAACAUCUGCGAGCUCAAAGAGAAUCAUAGUCAAAAAGGGCCAAUGCUAAACCUCUCUAAUCAGAAGGUCUACGGCGAGCCUCUGCUGUCUCAUCUGUCUCGAAGCAACAGAGAAAUCGCUGCGCCCAUCCAGGAGUGUAUUCACAUGCUGCUGAGAACGGGCAUGUUGGAGGAGGGUCUGUUUCGUCUGGCGGCGGCGGCCUCCGUGGUGAAGCGGCUGAAGACUUGUUUGGAUCAGGGAACGGUGGACCACAGCGAUUUCAGCAUGGACCCUCACGCCGUGGCCGGAGCUUUGAAGUGUUACUUUCGAGAACUGCCUGAACCUCUAAUGACCUCUGAACUCUACAACGACUGGUUUAAAGCAGCAGGGGAAAAAGACUUGACAGAGAAGCUGGAGCGGUUCAAAGAGCUGCUGAAGAAACUGCCACCUGAAAACUACAACAACCUCAGGUACCUGGUCCAGUUCUUGUCUCUGUUGUCGGAGCAACAGGCUGUGAACAAGAUGACGCCCAGUAACAUCGCCAUCGUCCUGGGACCCAACCUGCUCUGGCCACGAGCUGAAGGGGAAGCGGCUCUGCUUGACAUGGCGUCAGCUUCUUCAGUCCAGGUGGUCACUGUCAUUGAGCCUCUCAUUCAGUACAGCUCCAGCCUCUUCCCUGAAGCUGUAUCUUUUGAGGUCCCAGAUCUUCCCGAAGUCCCGGAUGUGACCCUUCCUGUUCCUGUUGCCCAGUCUCAGAUCUCAGAAAAGGAGAAACUGAGCAGAGCGGUCUCCUGUUCAUCCACAGCCUCCUCCGGCUCCUCUCAUCACUUCCCUCUCUCCAAGACCAACAGCACAGCCUCUCAGGACAGUGGUGGCUUCUUCCUGGUGAAAUCUGGCUCUGUGAGUCGCAGUGGCACCUCCACAUGGGGCAGCCCUGUAGCUGAGCCAGCAGCACCAACCCAUCCAAACACAACAUCCAGCAUCUCAUCAUCCCACAAUCCCAGCCCUAUUCAGGCCUCCAAUACUUCCGCUGCCUGCAGCUCGACGGCGAACCAGAGCCCAUCCCAACUUCCUAGAGCCACGGGAUCAGCGCCAAACCCGGGUCAGGCCAAGUGUCCCACCCAGAAGCAGUGCUCGGAUCAGGGCCAGCUGGAGCCAAUUUUGGAGGCAACUCCAGACUCUCCCAGAGCAUUAGUGAAGAUGACCUUACCGUACAAACCAAAAAGAUCCUACAACCCAAACAAAGCCAGCGAGCAGGCGACGGUUCAGUUCUCCAAACCGAGACCCCCAGGGCCUCCCAAGCCCCAGGUCCCUCCCGUCCCCGCCACAGCCCCAGCGGCCACGGACACUAGGACCCAGCCGACGCCUGCACCCCGAGCUCUGGGGGCCAGCGUGAACAAGCCUCCGCCGAAAAGGCCUGGACUCAAAGCGCCAAACUGCCCUCCGCCACUUCCUCCUCCAUCACAGGCAAAAGAACUUCCUUCUGUGGCUCAGUGAGAAAAAUUGACGUGUGUCGUGUGAAUUUUCUUGUGGUUGGUGAAGAGCAGCGGAAACAUUUAUUCUUAUUCUGAGUUGAAGUGUCGCAGUUUAUUUUACUUUUUUUAAAUAUUUUUUUUUAUCUACCCAUGUUUUCAUAACCACUGUGUCAUUUAUUUAUUUGUCAGCUACUGGUGUCUUUCUAUUUCCCAGAAUGCAAUGUAAGUGCAGGAAAGGAAAUCUUUUUGGUUAAAAAAAAAAAAAAAAAAAUAGAAAUAACAUGAAAAAAGAAAAAACCUAAACAAUAAAUUAAGUCCUUUCACAAGUCGCAAGUGGAUUUUUCUACAAAUCUACAAAAUAAUCAGCUACUUAAGUACGAGCAAAUUAUUCCUUGAACCUCGAGGCUGAAUUGGGAUUUCACGUUUCAGUUGUUAAAUGAUUCUCCACCCAAAGUCUGUUUUUUCCACGACGGCUGUGGUAAAUAACAAACUUUUCUUCGACCAGCUGUCGGCCUUUAUCUUCCAGGAUUUCGGGUGGAAUAUCAAUUUAAACUGACCUUUAAAUGUAAAACAUGAAAAUACAUGUAAAUAAAACGCUAUUCAGCCUAAUUAAAAACAUCUUUAUUGUCAAUUUAUAUCAUCAUAGUAUAUCAUUGGUAUUGACUGCAGCAUAUGGAUGUGAAUUGCACUAUGUACUGCAGGUGCUCAUACUGUAAGUACGUAUUUAUAGGAGGUCAGUUGAUAUCUUCAUGUACAGUUGUAUAAAAGAACAUAUAAAUGACAAAUCUUCUAUAAAAAGCAAUACAGGAGUCGGACUUCAUAUUCAUAAAAGGUGCACGGAGUAUCUAUAUAGAAGGUCUGCAGCAUAAAAUGAACAUUUAUAUGGUUCUGGAUUUAAUUGCUUCUAGCAAAAUACCGGCAUGAACAUGUCAUAUUCCCUCCGUCUGAGCAGUUUGACAACUGAGACGUUUCUCUGGUUAAUGUUUGUCUGACGAGGCUGAUCCUGAGAUUCCAGAUCUCUCAUUAAUUCUCUUCCCUUUUUUUCUCUCCUGGUAGUGUAUUCCUGAGUGAAAAGUUGACAAGAGAUUGCAGUGAUACCAAACAGGUUGUAGUAAGAUGAAAUCCCCCCCCCACCCCCUCUCCAAUGUGCAGAAGCGUCUGAAGUAUAAAGUGAAUGACAGGCUUUUGUAACUUCUACACUGAGUAAUGUCGGUGUUUCCUCUGCGACAAUCUUAACCACGUUCUCUGGUACAUCGUUCACUUUCCACGCAUCCUUUUCGUUCAAGGCUUUUUUUUGAGUCACGACCUUUGGAAAAAGAAAAAAAAAAACAAAGCGGUCUCCCUUUCUCUGCUUUUGCAGCAUCGAGUCUUUCACUCCUUUUAGAUACAUUCAGACACGGGUUUGCAU